UUGUUCCCUCCCCUUUCUUCUUCUUUCUCCAAGAAAGUCCAAGCCUCGUGAUUUCUCCGCCCACUAGCCCCUUUGUUUAUUUGCCGUUAGUUAACCCUUUUCGUAUCUCUUCGUCGAGAGUUUUCUUUGAUGGGCCUCCGAUCAUUCUGAGGCAUCCUCGGUGUUGCUUUCCUUGGUCGCCAGAAGAGGAACAGGAAGGAACCAAAAAAAUGUCCGUCAGUUCAAGGUUCAACACGGCAGAUGCGUGGGUGCCCAAGAAGUUCCAAGACACGGACACGAGUCCUGAGAGGACCAAGAAAUGGAUUGAGCCCCAGAUGAAGAUGGAGAGCAAAAUCCCGGUCGUUUACUACCUCUCGAGAAAUGGCCAUCUUGAGCAUCCCCAUUUCAUGGAAGUCCCGCUUUCGUCACCCGGUGGGCUCUUUCUCGGAGAUGUGAUCAAUAGAUUGAAUUGUGUGCGAGGUCAAGGCAUGGCCAACUUGUACUCUUGGUCUUCAAAGAGGAACUACAAAAGUGGGUAUGUGUGGCAAGACUUGACAGAGGAUGACCUGAUACACCCUUGCAAUGGCCAUGAAUACAUCCUCAAGGGAUCACAACUCCUCCAAGUACCACCUCCAAGCUUCCGAUCCUCCGCCGCGAUCUCAACGCCGGCGUCAAAGAACUGCUCCUCGGAAACAAACAACCCAGCUGAGGACAUCAAGCUCUCCGACAUCGUCAACAUCAAGAAAAAGAGCCAUUCGUACUCCACAUCACUCUCGCUAGAUGACCUUCACCAAUACAGAGUCUACGAGGCCAAGACCUCGGAAAUGGCUAAUAAGGCGGCGAAUGCGUCCACGCAGACUGACGACAAGAGAACUAGGCAAGCGAAGAGGGGCAACCGCGACGAGGACUGGAGCAAGGAGGAGAUUCGGAUUCUGUCCUCCCCGCCAUCGAAUUCGAGCACCGAGGGGCAAGAGAGCUUGGAUGGUUCGAGCUCCAUAACGAGAGACCCAAAUUACAAGUUGUCGGAUAUUAGGAAUCAGGCGCUUGAGAACGAGAGGCCCAGCGGGAGGAUGAAGGCAUCAGCAGCAGUUCUGAUGCAGCUGAUCAUGUGCGGUUCAAAGGGUGUUGACGAUGUUGAGUCUAUACACCCAGGUAGAGACUGAAGAGGAUGUUCAGUGGAUCAAAUGUGCCUGAGCGUGCGUGAAGGAAGAAAGGCCGUAUAAAAUUUUUUGAAUUCGACAUGAACAUCCCACAAAGUGCAUGAUACAUUUCGAGAUCUCUCGUCCCCAAUAACGAGAGCAUGCUAAUGCGAUACCACGGAAAAAUAUGAUUUUCGGAUAUGCGGUGAGUGUCCUAUCGGGUUCUUGUAAUUGGGUUCUUGCAUCUAUGAAUUACAGUUCCACACCGGAUUUGGAA